AUGCUGCUAAGUACCGACAAAAGGCUACAGCCUCAAAUCAUAAGCUCUCUGAAAUGGGUAGCAUUUGCAAUCGACACUUUGGAUGUUGGUCUAUUGUCAGAAGUCUUCACUCUGCAUCUGGAUCGGGCCCAGACCUUGGGUGAGGCGGUUGCGUUCUCCGCUGAUGAUGUCUUGAAAUAUUUUUCUGGGUUGCUGAUUGAAAAGGAUGGCUGCGUCCAGUUUGAUCGCCCAUACAUCAAGGAAUAUUUAACCUCUAGCAGGAUCCGCAAUAGCCCUGUGUCUGCCUUCUCGUUCACAGCGAACGAUGCCCAGAUACACAUUGCAAAGUCUUGCUUGGACCUUCACCUACAAUGCAAUCCCUCGGACAAUUCAACCGAUUCUGCUAUUGUGGAACAACAAGGUGAAGAAGAUGUGUCAAAAUUGAAAUCUUACGCAACUAAGAACUGGGCUCUGCAUCUGGAGAGCGUGCCUCCUUCGUCUUGGCCGCCUGAGAUUGUUCAGGCCGCAAAUCUUGCACUUAAUAUCCGCAGCCGAAGUCUCUACAGCAUGAUAAACUCGGUUACUGAUCGUCCUUUUAUCCUUGACGAAGCAUGGCUCAAUCCACUGAUAUACACUGCUCACAUAAACGCAUACCGGCUUACCGAUAUGCUAAUUUCAGAAGGGCUCGGUACUCACGAGUACAUCACCCAAAGCGAUUUAAAUGCUGCGCUGCUGAGUGCUGCCUCGGCCGGAAGCUAUGAAGUUGUCCAACUUCUCCUCGAAAAAGGCGCCAGCGUCGACGUCAAAACGGAACGCAAUCUGAAUCCUCUUGUAGAGGCCGCAGGAAAUAGUCAUUUGGAAAUCGUGCGAUUCCUAGUCGAAGAGAAAUUUGCCAUCAACGUUUUCAGCAAGGCUUUGGAUGAGGCAGCGAGAGAGGGCAAUUUCGAAAUCGUGGAAUUCCUUGUUCUCAACAAGACACCGGUCACUAAAUUCGCUCUCAAAACUGUAGCUGGGUGUUUUGGAGAUUCACCUGAAUCUUUAGAGUGCUUAAAGCUUUUGCUUGAUAACAGCAAGGGCAUGAAGCUACAAGGGGCGCUCUGCAAGGCAGCCUACGGAGAGUGCUGGAAGGCA